CAUCAUCACCCCAGAACAUCGGUGUGGAAAAUGUUUUAGGAAGUAUAUCUAUAUAAAAAAAAAUACAAAUGCAAAAUAUUUUUAGUAUAUGUAAAAAAAAAUUGAACACAAAAAAUCUUACUGCUUACCAAAGUAGGGUUUCCAAAAUGAAUCAGGCUUUUGGCUCUCAUACAUCAUACAGAGAAUUAAAGGAAGCCAGCCCUCAAGAUUAUCCAGUUUAUCACCUAUUCCUGGCUCUUGUCUUAGUCGUGAAGUCAAAGGAGAUAGUAGCAGACUUCUCGGCAAGGAAAACAAAAUUUCUCCUUCCUACUCACAAUGUUAGACUCAUCGAUUUUGACAGAUUUAACUUACUUUAAUGUCAUUCUUUGCCGUAAUUCCACGUCCUGCUCCCUCACUGCGGUAAUCUCCGAUUUCAAUAUUCUCAGAGAGAGUGGCACCGUUACUUUCAAGCCAUUUCCAGAAGAUCUCGCUUGUUUUCUCAAAUAAAUCUGUCAUUGGGAAGAGUGAUGAGUAUGAGGGCUGGUCCCAAGAACAACUCCUGGAACGAAUCGAAUCUCUCGAAUCAGAACAAAUGGACAAAAAAAGAAAAAAGAAGAAGCCACGCAGAGAACGUCCAUUCGAUAUGACCCGAUACUGCAGACGAAGAGUUGCAUUUAAAGUAGCUUAUCUUGGUUGGAAUUACCUUGGAUUUGCUGCCCAAGCUGAUAAUGAGAAAACUCCUACGGUGGAAGGACAUCUUUUUCGUGCCAUGAAGGAGUGUAAACUCAUCAAUGACCCCGAAGAGGCAAACUUUUCUCGCUGCGGGCGUACGGACAAAGGUGUUAGUGGACUUGGUCAAGUGAUUUCUCUAGAUGUCCGAAGUCUGUUAACUCAGGAAGAACUUGAUAAUCCCGAACUUGAGAAAGCAGCCCGUAACCGUGAGUUGCCUUACAUUGAUACAAUUAACCGUCUUCUCCCUCCCGACAUUCGUAUUCUCGCCUGGUCGCCUGUAAAGCCUGAUUUUGAUGCACGAUUCAACUGCCUUUCCCGCACAUACAAGUACUUUUUCAACAAAGGAAAUCUCAAUAUACAAGCCAUGCAAAAGGCGGCUGAAUAUAUUAAAGGCACUCACGAUUUCCGUAACUUUUGCAAAAUCGAUCCUACCAAAGAUAUAACUAAUUACCAACGUACUGUGAUCCGACUCGAUAUUCAACCAGUUCACACCUUGGAUACUCAGAAACUCGGCACAAAUCUCAUGUUUUACGAAGUUGUCCUAACUGGAUCAGCAUUUUUGUGGCAUCAAGUGCGCUGCAUUAUGGCUAUCCUUUUCUUGGUUGGUCAGGAACUUGAAGAGCCUGAGGUGGUCCAUGAUUUGAUGGAUAUUGAAAAGUGCGAUGCUAGACCAGAUUAUCCUAUGGCCAGUGAUCUUCCUCUGAUGCUGUAUGAUAGUGAAUACAAGGAUCUUGAAUGGGUUCAUGCUACGGAAGGAAACUUCCCCAGCCCCCUGAGAGUGUAUGGUCACUUACAAGAGCAAUGGUGUGUGUCCAUGACUCGUGGAUUGAUGUGCCAGACCAUGCUAGGCUGUGUCAAUGAGUUUAUGGUUUCUGACCACGAUGGAAAUCCUAUGUGUGUCCAGGACAGAGUACAACUGAAAGAGAAGCCUUCAAACGGUAUUUCGACUGUUAUAUUGGGCGGUGGACAAGAGAUGCGCAUGACCAAAUACCGAAAACUUAUUGAGCGCAAGAGAGGUGAUUCUGAUAAGGUUAAGAAGGACAAGUACAGAGCAAGAAAGAAGGCAAAGCUGUCAAAUUAAGAAGAAAAAUAUAUUAUAUAAGCACGAAUUGUAAAUAGUAAAAUACAUAGAAAACACCCAGCCAAUCCUAUUUUCUCUUAUGUCUUGAAUUAUAAAUUAAACAAAUUGGUGAUAACGUUCAGGCAAAUAAACAGUAAUUGGU